AUGUCAAGGUCCGCAACGCCUGCGCUACCUUUGCAUAAUGCUCAGGCCCCCGACUUGAGGCCUCCGUCGUCUACGCCGACAGGUGUACCCUCCAACACGUCUACUUCAACAUCCACGUCGACUUACUCUCUAUUAGACCCACAGGAAACCUCUGAGCGCUUACAGACAUCCCUUACCCACGGACUCACUCCUGCAGAAGCUGAGAUUCGUUUAAUACAAAAUGGACCCAACGAACUGCCGCACGAAGACCCCGAGCCUCUCGGCAGUCUCUUUUUUAUGGGCAAUCUUGAUGAUGCGGUAAGCAUCACGCUCGCGGUAACCAUCGUUGUCACCGUCGGAUUUAUUCAGGAGUAUCGAUCGGAAAAAUCCUUGGAGGCCUUGAGCCGCCUGGUGCCACAUCACGCGCAUUUGAUACGCGACGUUCCUCUCUCAAAUACCCCUCCUAUCGGAAACUCGAUCCCUGCAGCUACCAGUGGAGAGUUCGAGCUGCAAGAUCUCCGAAGCAAGAGCCCGGGCUCAGUUUCUGCCGCUGUCAAGGCUUCCACUACUGUUCCAGCGAAUGAGCUAGUACCUGGUGACCUGGUUUUAUUUACAGUUGGAGACCGUAUUCCGGCGGACAUACGCAUUACCGCAGCCACUGAUUUGACCAUCGAUGAAUCAAACCUGACUGGUGAGAAUGAGCCGGUUGCUAAAUCGCCUGACGCAAUUCGGGGCCCGAAGGCUCUAGCCACACACUCGCCCAAGAUUGUCACUCCCCCCCGAUCUCCAUUCUACGACGCCCCAGCCAGUGGCGCUGUGGGCGCUGAUAUCCGCUUGAAUGAGCAACACAACAUCGCAUUUAUGGGAACUUUGGUUCGGUCGGGGUAUGGACAGGGUAUUGUCAUAGGAACAGGUGCGAAGACUGAAUUUGGCAGUAUUUCAGCUUCUUUGCAGGAGAUUGAGAGUCCACGCACACCGCUUCAAUUGUCAAUGGACCGUCUUGGUCAAGAAUUAAGCUAUAUCUCCUUUGGCGUCAUUGGGUUGAUUGUAGUGAUAGGUUUGAUACAAGGCCGAAAGCUCCUUGAUAUGUUCACAAUUGGUGUCUCGCUUGCAGUCGCUGCGAUUCCAGAAGGUCUUCCCAUUAUUGUGACAGUUACUCUUGCUUUGGGCGUGCUGCGCAUGGCCAAGAGGGGGGCUAUCAUGCGAAGACUUCCCAGCGUCGAGACUCUCGGCUCUGUGAAUGUUGUAUGCAGUGAUAAAACGGGGACACUAACGCUCAACCAUAUGACAGUCACGAAGAUGUGGCAUUUUGACUGUCCGGAGCCAUUCGAGGUGCACAACGAUAUAAGUUCACUAACGCCUGGGCCUGCAGCUCGGACCGUUCUUCGUGUCGGUAAUAUCGCUAAUAACGCUAGACUUUCGCGCGUGCAUGCAAAUUCACCUGCCAGCGCAUCUUCUGCUGCAGUGUUGUCUUCCACCGAUGAUAGGGCUCCGGGAACCAUUAGAGAUGAUGUGCGCGACCGCAUCAGCGCCCGCGUCGCCGAGACUCCCUUCAGCUCUGAGCGCAAGUGGAUGGGUGUAAUUAUUGGCAAUGGCACUGGCGAGUCAAGUAACACGGCAUACAUUAAAGGUGCCCUUGAGCAAGUUUUAAAGCGUUGCGAUACGUAUCUUACAAAAGAUGGACGCGAAGUUAUACUGGAUGAGCCCCGACGUCAAACAGUAAGGCAGGCUGCUGAGCAUAUGGCAUCAGAGGGUCUCAGGGUGCUCGCUUUCGCCAGUGGAGCAGUGCGAGAUACAUCAAAAGGGCGACCUUUUGGCAGCAGGACAGGCACUCCUGUUUCCAGAGCUACCCCGGGCGAAGAUGAUGACCGAUAUACCGGGCUGGUCUUUGCAGGACUUGUGGGGAUGAACGACCCUCCCCGCAAGGAUGUUCACAAAUCCAUAAGACGCCUUAUGGCUGGAGGAGUACGCAUCAUCAUGAUCACAGGAGAUGCUGAUACCACGGCAGUUGCUAUUGCAAAGAAACUGGGAAUGCCAAUCAGUGAUAUAGCCGGUUCGCGACCUGUCAUCACUGGUGAGGAGAUCGAUCGUAUGAGUACCGCGGAGUUGGCGCAGGCCAUAUCGUCAACUUCCAUUUUCGCCCGCACGAGCCCUGACCACAAGAUGAAGAUUGUACGUGCCUUGCAAUCCCGAGGAGAUGUGGUGGCCAUGACGGGUGAUGGUGUGAAUGAUGCACCAGCCCUCAAGAAAGCAGAUAUUGGUAUCUCGAUGGGUAAAUUGGGCACAGACGUUGCCAAGGAGGCGGCAGAUAUGAUCUUGACGGACGAUGAUUUCUCCACAAUCCUGCGAGCCAUUGAACAGGGCAAAGGGAUCUUCUACAAUAUCCAGAACUUCAUUACGUUCCAGCUAAGCACCAGCGUUGCUGCAUUGAGUCUUGUACUGUUGAGCACUACUCUUGGCUUCAAAAAUCCGCUGAAUCCGAUGCAGAUCCUAUGGAUCAAUAUUCUUAUGGAUGGCCCUCCUGCACAGUCCUUGGGUGUAGAGCCCGUUGAUCCGUCAAUCAUGGGACGACCCCCACGACCCAGAACGGCCCGGGUACUCACGAAGCCUCUCAUUCAACGGGUGCUUACUUCCGCAUUUAUGAUUAUGCUGGGCACGCUUGCCAUUUACGUCUACGAAAUGGGCGAUGUCGACGAUGAGCUGAACCCAGGCAAACGCUCGCGCGUUGUAACAGCCCACGACACAACCAUGACAUUCACCUGCUUUGUGCUCUUCGACAUGUUCAACGCCUUGACUUGCCGCAGCGAGGGCAAGUCGGUGCUUCGUGGAGAGAUCUCCCUAUUCGGGAACAAGAUGUUCAAUUAUGCCGUACUCGGAUCACUUGCCGGACAGGCCUGUGUGAUUUAUCUGCCUUUCCUGCAGCGAGUCUUCCAGACGGAGCCGCUCAACCUGGCACAUUUGUUCAAACUAUUGUGUAUUUCGAGCUCAGUCUUUUGGGUAGACGAGGCCCGGAAAUAUUACCAAUCGGUGAAGCGGCGGCAGGCCGUUGGGGUGGGAUACAGCGUAAAUGUUUAA